CGCUAUAUUUGAAAAGGAUGUAACUUCAAGGAAACUCAUAUCAGUGGUUCUGGUUACCUUAUUUACAGGGCCGUCUAGCUGGGUUCUACUUUGUAUACUCUACAACGUCUUCUUACACCCUUUACGGAAAUAUCCAGGACCUAAGUCAUGGCACGCUACACGCUUACCCUGGUGCUGGUACCAAUACCAUGGAUGUCUAAAUCGAAAACUGCUCGAGUUGCACCAGCAAUAUGGAAAGACUGUACGAGUAGCCCCAAAUGAGUUGUCAUUCAUAUCAGAGGCGGCAUGGAAGACAAUAUAUGGAUCACGGUCCAAUGAAAUGAUGAAGGAUCCGGUAUUUUCUCUUCAUACCCCGACGGGUGUGCAAAACAUCCUUACUGCUGAUAGACCUACUCAUACCCGACAAAGACGCCUGCUCUCUCAUGCAUUCUCGGAGAAAGCGUUGCGAGAACAGGAAGCAAUUAUUCAAAGAUAUGUCAAGAGGUUAAUGGAACAACUCGCCUUACGAUCAGGUGAGGGGCCACAAGAUGUUGUUCGGUGGUUCAAUUUCACUACAUAUGACUUGAUCCGCGACCUUUCCUUCGGAGAGCAAUUCGGCUGCUUAGAGAAUGGAGAAUACGACCCAUUCGUCCAAUCAAUCAAAGAUAUUUCAAAAGAACUUACCAUGAUACAAAUGUUUAAAUAUUAUGAGCUGCUGGGUCUGAGAAGGUUUUUCAUGCCAAAAGCCAUUGCAGGGACACGAGCACAAAAUAUGCAACGAGUCAUCCAAACAGUGGAUCGAAGAGUCAAGAGCAAGACGAAUCGGAAAGAUUUCCUGCACUAUAUCCUCGCUGCCAUGGAGACUGAUAAAGGCAUGUCUCGUGCAGAGAUGGACGUUAAUACUUUUUCAUUGAGUAUUGCUGGUUCAGAAUCAUCGGCUACUUUACUUUGUGGAUUUGUCUUCUAUACCCUCACUCAUCCCACUGUUUACCAGAAGCUGGUCACGGAGGUUAGGGAGGCGUUUCAAUCCGAGGAUCAGAUUGUGAUGGCAAAUGUUCAUCAUCUUACAUAUCUGAAUGCUGUUCUGCAGGAAUGUUUGAGGGUUUAUCCACCUGUCGCUGUGACACUACCACGAGUAGUCCCCGAGGGUGGCGAAGUGAUUGAUGGAGGAUACGUUCCAGCUGGCACAACCGUCGGGGUAAAUCAUUUCGCAUGUUAUCAUGACCAGAGAAACUUCUAUCGACCCAACGAAUUUCUCCCCGAACGCUGGAUGCCCGGUGCUGAAGAUGAAACGUCCCUUUUCAGUCAUGAUCAGCGAAACUGUUUACAACCAUUUUCGCUUGGACCACGGAAUUGUCUAGGAAAGAACUUGGCUUGGGCGGAGAUUCGUCUUAUUACGGUUCAUCUGAUAUAUCUCUUCGAUAUGGAGCUGGAUAGAAGCGUUGGCGAUAGGUGGACGGAACGUCAGAAAGUCUUCGGGUUUUGGGAUAAACCGCCCUUGCUUGUUCAUUUGAUGCCGAAGCAUAAGACAACUAUGUGAUUGGGUAUGUUCGAAGCUCUUUUGCCGCCGCAGAGAUACAAUCUUACAUGGUCUCAAAUUGUCGUGCACUUGUCAAAUCCAUCAUCCUUUCUCUUUAGCUACAUCAUUCGACAUAACAUGGGAAAUAGUUAAAACAUUCUAGUACAGGAGACACAACUUCUUUGCGUUAUAGUAAUUUGCAUGGGGCUUUGAAAUGUUUUAUGUAUAGUGAGCCUGCCACCUAAUCCUCGCUUGUCCUCAAACGUUUCUUUGCACGGGACUGAUCAGAAGGUAAAGAGUGCCACUGUAUAGUAUCCGACAUGGGCUUGGAAUGAGGCUGAGGUACAUCCAGUAACUGGGUGAGAAGAUCAGUCGAUGACACAGUCCCAGAAGGAUGAAUCAUGCUCUGAGCAUCCAAAGUCGUAGGCGGAUCUAAUGUUGUUGAGACAGAUAAUAAGCUCUCCCAACUAAAAGGUCCACUGGUCGAUGACCCAUGUGGUACUAGGUGAGAUAAAUCGGACAUGUGUCCAUUCAGAAUUGACGGCA